CAAGUCACAGCCUCCAGGGCACCUUCGGGCGGGCAAGCGGGUGGUGGGUCCUGAUCUCUCGGAGACCAGAACGUGGGAUUCGGGGCAGAGAUGGCCCUGCAGAGCCAGGUGUGGUCUCCGGCCACACCCAUGCCCAUGGCCGAGAGCUCCCUCUACCGGCAGCGACUGGAGGUCAUCGCGGAGAAGCGGCGGCUGCAGGAGGAGAUCCGGGCAGCGCGCGGGGAGCUGGAGGAAGAGAAGCUCCGCGUGGAGCGGCUCAAGAGAAAGUCUCUCCGGGAGCGGUGGCUAAUGGAUGGAGCUGAGGGACAUGAGGGACCAGAGGACGCCAUGCUGCAGGACCCUCAGUCCCCUGAGGGCCAGGCACAGGCCCGCAUCCGGAACCUGGAAGACAGCUUGUUCACACUCCAAUCUCAGCUGCAGCUGUUGCAAAGUGCGUCCACAGGUGCCCAACACAAGCCCGCUGGCAGGCCCACCUGGCGCAGACAGGGUCACCGUCCACUCUCCCAGCCCACUGAGGAGGCAGGCCAGACUGAUCUGAACAAGAGAGCCUCCCUGCCACCCGGACCAGUGGGCACGUCCCUGGAGUACCUGUCCGAGCCCAGAGAUGAGGUUGUUGGGAUUCUGCCAGCCUCGAGGCGGGUCCCUGGGGCAGCAGGAGCCUCCUCAGAAGCCAAUGGCCCGUGCCCCAGCCCCAGCCCCACUCCGGAGCAGGAGCAGAGUGAGGGGGUGACAGCGUUGGAAGGAGGGGUGGGUGAGGCCAAAGGAGGAGGCGUGGUAAACGUGGUGUGGGAGGGGCUGAGGGCCACAGAGGACUGUGCCAGGGAAGCCACGGGCCCAGAGCUGGAGGCUAAGGUGGAGGAGAUGGUGCUGGAAGCCAUUGGGGACAGGCUGGAAGCCAACCACCCAGAGCUCCCGUCCUGGGUGAAGGAGGACAGGGGUGUUGUGGAGGUGGUCUGGGAAGGGGUGGGAGGCACAGAGGGCAGUGACUCAGAGGCUGCAGGGGAGACAGGCAGGGGCCCACAGACUGUGCAGACCAGCUCACUGAGGCUCCAGGAGAGACUAGAGGGAACAGCUUCUGGAGAAGGGGAAGAGGCACCCAGGGGCAGCCCUGAUGGCUUCAGGCAGGGGGGCUCGGGAGGAGAGGAGGGAUCCUUCAUUUGGGUGGAGAGAGUGACCCUCAGCGAGGAAUGGGAGGAACUGCAGGUGGAGGGGUUGGAAGGGCCAAAGGCGCUGGGGAGGGAGGGAGGAGACGAGAGUCCUCUGGGGGUGGAGAGUGGGAGAGGGGAGGAAACCUGGGAAGCGGAGAGGAGACAGGCGGAGGAACCUGUGGGCGUAGGGGAGGAAGGCAGUGAGGAGAAGGUAGGCGCAGAGCAGGGGGGAGCGGAGAUGUCACUGGUGGUGGAGAGGAAAGGAAUGGAGGAGCCCUUGAAACCAGAGAGGAGAGCUGGUGAGGGAAAGGGGGAGACAGAGAAGGAAGGCAGAGAGGAACCACUGUCAGCAGAAAGCAAGGAAACUGAGGGACCUUUCAGAGCAGAGAGGGAAAGAGGCGAGGAGCCAUUGGGCGUGGAGCAGAGGGGAGGUGAGCAAAAGCUGGAGGCCGAGAAAGAGGUUGAGGAACCAGUGGGAGGAGAAAGCAAGGCAGUUGAAGGACCCCUGAGCACAGAGAAGGAAAGAGGUGAGGAAGAGCUCGGCACAGAGAAGACAGUUGAGGAACCGUUGGUUGUAGAGAAGAAAGGAGAUGAAAAAAAGCCAGAGGUGAUUGAAGAACCACUGACGACAGAGAGAAAGCAGGGUGAGGAAUCACUAACAGUAGAGAGAACAGGAGACAAGGAGCCAUUGAUUGUGGAGAAAAAAGAUGAGGAAUCACAGAAGGCAGAGAGAACAGGAGGUGUGGCGCCAUUGGAGGCAGAGAAGACCCAAGAGGUCAAGGAAGAUGUGAGUCUAGAAGAGCAGAGACAGUCAGGAAGAGGAAAAGAAGGUCAGGCAGAGGAGGUGAGUGAGGGAGGGCAGCCCCUGGGGGCCAAGGAAGAGCUAAGGUCAGAGGAGGACGGACCACGGCAGCCCCAGGAGCAGAAGGACUCCCUGGAGAAGGAAGCAGUGAAGCCCCAAACUCCUGCUGAGGGCCGGGACACCUCGGGAGAUGCCACCCCCCUCUUAGCAGAGACCCCCGCUCCUGAGCAGCCCACCGAGUGCCAGCCACUGCUUCCAGUGGAGGAGCCCAGGGCCAACCCCAGUGCCCGCCCCGUGCCCACCUAUGCACCUGCUCAGCAGCCUGAGCCAUCUGCUCCUCCUGAGGGUGAAGAGGCAAGUGGCCCUAAGCAAAAGACGUGCCAGUGUUGUGCGGUGAUGUGAGCCUGUGCCCUCCACCCCACGCCUCAUUCCUCUCACAGCUACCUCGGCCUCUUGGCAUCCAGCAGAGGGUCCCAGACUCAGACAGGGCAAAUGAGACUGGCCGUGGCAUCUGGGAGCCGGCUGGCCCACAUAUCCACCUCCACCUGGGCUUCCAGACCUGCUGCCCACUGCCUGUGACCCUGGCCCCCUUCUCCAACUAAGCCUUUAUACUUGAAAA